AUGGCGACCGUCGCAGCACAGUACCCAGAGAAAGGCACCCCGACGUUGGCACCCUCACCCACCACGGUCGUCUCUACCGUGAUCGCCACGCCGACAGAAACAGCAGAGCCUCUUCCCAUCCCGGAUGCAGAGCAAGCAGAACGAGACUCUUCCAUCGCCAUUUUCCUCGUGCUCACGCUCCUCAUCCUCUCCUUCUUGACAUCCUACUACCUCAAAGUCAAACGCAUCACCGCAGUGCAUGAGACCAUCGUCGGUCUCUUUGCCGGCAUGUUUGUCGGCGUCUGUCUCCGUAUCGGUCCCGGAGAAGAUGUCCAGGCGAUGCUCAGCUUCAGCAACAGCAUCAUGCUCAACGUGCUGCUGCCCCCCAUCAUCCUUGCUUCCGGCUACGACCUUCGACAGGAGAACUUCUUCCGCAAUUUCGGCACCAUUCUCGUCUUUGCGUUUGCCGGCACCGUCAUCAGUGCCGUCGUCAUUGGUGUCAUCGUCUAUCUGUGGUCGCUCCUUCAGCUCGAGUCCAUCUCGCUCACGCUGCUCGAAUGUCUCAUCUUUGGCUCUACUCUGAGUGCAACUGAUCCAGUCACCAUCCUCGCCAUCUUCAACACGUACAAGGUGGACCCCAAGCUAUACUCGAUCAUCUUUGGCGAGAGCAUUCUCAACGACGCCGUGUCCAUCGUCAUGUUCGAUGUGCUCUCCACCUUCCGCGGCAAGGAAAUCUACGUCUCGUCCGUGUUCCACGGUAUCGGCCUCUUCUUGGUCGUCUUCACCGUCUCGAUGUUCCUCGGCGUCUGCUUCGGUCUGGCGUGUUCGCUCAUGCUCAAGCACUCGCGCCUCGGCUCGUUCCCGCAGCUCGAAAGCUGCCUCGUGGUACUCAUCGCCUACAUGAGCUACUUCUUCAGCAACGGCGUCACCAUGAGCGGUAUCGUCUCGCUCCUCUUCUGCGGUAUCACGCUCAAGCACUAUGCCUACCACAACAUGUCACAUCGCACCCAGCGGACCACACGCUACACCUUCCAGACGCUGGCCAAUCUCUCGGAGAACUUCAUCUUCAUCUAUCUCGGCCUGAGUCUUUUCACGCAGGACUAUCUCGUGUACAAGCCGCUGCUCAUCAUUGUCACUGUUCUGGCCGUCGUCAUCUCGCGGUAUUGUGCAGUAUUCCCCAUCGCCGGCGCGGUCAAUGCGUUCAAACGCACUCGCAACAAUCGACGUGCAAGGGCGACCGGAGGUGGCGGCGUGCCCCGUGGCAGUGGCGAGGAGGAGCUGCCGCGACAGUAUCAGAUCAUGCUCUUCUGGGCUGGUCUGCGAGGUGCGGUCGGCUUCGCGCUCUCGGCUGGUAUCGAGGGCGAUAAUUCGAUUCCACUGCAGACGACGGUAUUGGUCACAGUGGUGCUGACCGUGAUCGUGUUUGGUGGUACGACCGCGCAGAUGCUCGAGAUCCUGGGUAUCCGCACUGGAGUGCAGGACGACGAGGGCGAAUCGGACGACGACGAGGACCAGGACGAUGUGAUGCGGCUGCGAGGUAUGGCGAGGAGGACAUACAUGGACUCGGGGAGCUACCGGGAUGCCUCUGAGCGCGCGGGACUGACACGGCAAGGCAAGCGAUACCCCUCCGGACUCAAGGGAGACUACCGCGAUGGCAGCGAUCCUCCCACCCCGCGCGACUCGCUCAGUGCGCCGCACAGCCGACAACACAGCCUCAGCAGUUCGGUGUACGCUCGCAACAACAGCAGCGGUGCCGUCACAAAAGGCGGCAUCAAUCGAGGCGGCUUUGCGGAUGACUUGGAAGAGGAGGACGAUCCGCCCUACUUUUCCUCAGAGAACCUUCCUUCGGGCUCGUCCACGCCUGGUAUCGGCACUGGCGAUCUCUCGCCCCUCAGUCCGAUGGGUAGCGGAUUCCAGACCCCGAGCUUGGCGCAUGGCCGUUCUGCGUCAACACCCUACGCUGGUACGCAACCCAGCUUGAGCGAGAUCCGCCGAGCUGUGCAGGAGGCCUCUUCUGCCGACGGAACGACGUCUUCGCCCGCCAAACAGCUUCUCGACCGCGCCGGGCUGGUCAUGAAGGACGGUCAAUGGUUCCAAGCCAUCGACCAGAAGUAUCUGCUUCCGCUGUUCAGCAACUCGGUCGCCUCGCGAAAGCAUGAAGAGCGCAAAACAGCGCGUCUCGCAGCGAGGGACGCCGCCGCGCUCGACCCUCUCAGCGCCGACGCCAGUGUCGGCGGCGCUAGAAGGAGCUUCUUCUCGGUGGAGGAGGACGGAGAUGCGGACUUGUAUCCGGCGGAGAGGGACGCGGUGGUGGUUGACGAGGACGAUGAUGACGCAACGACGCCUGUGAUCGAUGCCACUUCGACGUUUGCCAGUGCGCGCUCGAGGAGCGGGGCGAGCACGCCGACGAGGAGAUCGUUCUUUACGGGCGAUGGGGAUAUCAGUCAAGGUUGA